AUGUCUCGACUAGGAAACCGCGCCGACUGGGCGGACGACGAAGAAUUCGACGACCCCUCCGCACUCCCCGCGCAGCAAAUCACAACGAACAAAGACGGCACCAAGACCGUAACCAGCUACCGGUUCAACGACGACGGCAAAAAAGUAAAGGUCACCCGACGGGUCAAGACGACCGUCGUCCGUGAGCACGUCAACCCGCAAGUCGCGGAGCGGAGAACCUGGGCCAAGUUCGGUCUCGAAAAGGGCCACGCCGCGGGCCCCUCGUUCGACACGACCUCGGUCGGCGAGAAUAUCAUCUUCCGCCCCUCGGUCAACUGGAAGGCGCAGGCGGCUGAGGCGGAGAAGAAUGGAGGGGAGAAGGGAAGCAUCAAGGAUCAGCUGAAGGAUAAGAAGGUGAAGUGCAGAAUUUGUUCGGGCGAGCAUUUCACGGCUAGGUGUCCGUUCAAGGAUACCAUGGCGCCUGUUGAUGAGGGUGGUGAGGGUGGUGAGGGCGCUGGUGGUGCUGGUGGUGAGGAUGCCGCCGGUGGGCUUGGUGCUGGCGGUGGUAGUUAUGUGCCGCCUCAUAUGCGCAAGGGCGCUGCGGCUGGUGGUGAGCGGAUGGCGGGCAAGUAUGAGAAGGAUGAUUUGGCGACGCUGCGGGUUACGAAUGUUUCCGAGUUAGCAGAGGAGCAGGAGCUCCGGGAUCUGUUCGAGCGUUUCGGUCGUGUCACCAGAGUCUUCCUCGCCAGGGACAGAGAGACCCAGAGAGCCAAGGGCUUUGCCUUUAUCAGCUUUGCGGACCGCAGCGACGCUGCACGUGCCUGCGACAAGAUGGACGGGUUCGGAUACCGCCACCUCAUCCUCCGCGUCGAGUUCGCCAAGAGGGCUACAUAG